AUGGCCACUGGAAAGCUUCACACUGGGAAGUUUGGUACAGUGGCGGUGAGAGGAAUUAUGGGCGAAAUGGUAAUGGCAAACAGGAGGCAUAGAAACACCGCUGGCGCUGAUGAGAUUGCUAACGCAAUCCACAGGAUGGUGGAUGCGAUGCAGCCUGUGGCAGCACCACGUAGAGCCAUGAUUCCACCUGUGAGACCUGUGACCAUGGAAGACUUCAUGCGUCACAAGCCAGCUAAAUUCACUGGGAAAGCCACCCCAGAUGAGGCUGACGCAUGGCUCCGUGAAUGCGAGAAGAUAUUCAGAGUGAUAGAGUGCACGGAGGCUCAGAAGCUCAAUUUCGCCACCUUCUUGUUGGUGACCGAGGCAGAGUAUUGGUGGAUGAGCAUGCAGCAACAAAUGCUAAACAGAGCUGAAGAGGUGGCUUGGGCCAGCUUCAGGACGAGGUUCCUGGAGAAGUAUUUCCCUGACAGUGCUAAACACAAGCGCGAGGCAGAGUUUCUCACCCUACAGCAGGGGAACCUAUCAAUGCAGGCGUAUGUAGAGAGGUUUGACUACCUCUUGAGGUUCUAUUCCCAGACGGUGACAGAGGAGUGGCGCUGUAGGAAGUUUGAGGGCGGCCUUAAACAUGAGCUGAGGCGUUUUAUCGUACCGUUGAGGGUGCGAGAGUUCUUGAUCUUGGUUGAGCAAGCCAAGAGCGUUGAGCAGCUGGAGAUGGGACCCAGUCGGAUCAACCGCACACAGAAGAAUAAUGCUGAGGGCAGGCAACAGAAGAAGCCCUAUAGUAGACCAACUUCGUCCUCACAAAAGUUGAGAUGUUAUAACUGUGGGGGAGGGGAACACUUACGGAGGGAUUGCACUAGACCCGCCAGUAGUGGAGGUAGCGGUAUGAGCACUCGCAAGUGCUACGCAUGUGAUCAGCCAGGACACUUCGCCAACAAAUGUCCUAAUAGGAAGACUGCUCCAACAUCACGAUCUCAGCCAUCCUCAUCUGACAGGCCGAGAGCAGCAGACCUGGUUUUUGCCAUGACUAGCACAGAGGCCACCCGGUCAGGUAAUUUGAUUCUGGACCGUUGUUUGCUUUUCGGUAACAGUGUGUUGGUAUUAUUUGACUCAGGAGCUUCACACUCCUUCAUAUCCCAUGACUGUGUGGAGAGAUUGGGGUUGUCUACUCGUGACCUUGGAUGUGAGUUGAUAGUCUUGACACCGGCAUCUGGACAGGUUUCAACAAAUUUAGUUUGUAUUGGAUGCUUGAUGGAAGUAAAGGGCAGACGCUUCAAGUUGAAUCUAGUUUGCUUGCCCUUGGAGGGAUUGGAGGUCAUACUGGGAAUGGACUGGUUGUCUAUCAACCAUGUGGUACUUGAUUGUGGACGGUGCAGAAUUGUGUUUCCAGACACUGAGGGGAUAGAGUUGAUGACAUCAGGAGAGGCAGUGAAAGAGAUGAGGCAAGGAUUUACUUGCUUUGUGAUAGUAGCCCAAGAAAAGAAGAUGAGUACCGAGGAGCAGAUCAGCAGAAUACCGGUGGUGGAUGAAUACGCCGAUGUAUUCCCGGAUGAGAUACCUGAGUUACCACCCAGCCGGGAUAUAGAUUUCUCAAUUGAUCUAAUCCCUGGGGCGCGCCCAGUGUCAGCAGCACCGUACAGAAUGACACCAGCCGAAGUAACAGAGUUAAAGAAACAGAUAGAGGACUUGCUAGAGAAGAUAUUUAUCCGACCCAGUGCUUCACCGUGGGGAGCCCCGGUGUUACUAGUAAAGAAGAAAGACGGUAGCUCUAGGCUGUGCGUCGAUUAUCGACAGUUGAACAAAUUGACGAUAAAGAACAAAUACCCAUUGCCGAGAAUUGAUGAUUUGCUCGAUCAGCUUAGAGGGGCAGGAGUAUUCUCCAAAAUUGACUUAAGGUCUGGCUAUCAUCAGAUCUUAGUCAAGCUAGAGGACGUCCAGAAGACAGCCUUCAGAUCGAGAUAUGGACAUUACGAAUAUGUUGUGAUGCCCUUUGCAGUGACCAACGCUCCAACUGUCUUCGUGGAUUAUAUGAACCGCAUUUUCAGGCCCUACCUGGAUAAAUUUGUGGUGGUAUUUAUAGAUGACAUCCUCAUCUACUCUCGGAAUAAGGAGGAGCAUGCGGGCCAUCUGAGAAUUGUGCUGGAAAUGUUGAGAGAACAUCAGUUGUACGGUAAAUUGUCCAAAUGUGAAUUCUGGUUGGACGAGGUGCAAUUUCUGGGGCAUGUGAUUUCUUCGCAUGGUAUAGUAGUGGACCCGAGUAAGGUUGAGACGGUGUUGAAGUGGGAAAGACCUCAGAUAGUAACAGAAGUCAGAAGCUUCCUAGGGUUGGCUGGGUACUACAGGAGAAAGGAUCAACCCUUCUCCUGGACUGAUAAGUGCAAAGAAUGCUUCGAGGAGAUGAAGAAGAGGUUGACUACAGCUCCGAUUAUCAUUAUUCCAGAUACCAGUAGAAUGUUUGAGGUAUACUGCGAUGCAUCCUACCAGGACUUGGGUUGUGUACUAAUGCAAGAAAAGAGGCCGGUAGCCUAUGCUUCUAGGCAGUUAAAGGUGCAUGAGAAGAAUUACCCUAAGCACGAUGCCACAAAGUCGGUAAUGUUGAUUUUCAUCCCAUUCCACUAA